AACUACAAGCAGCUGUUGAAGAGGUUCUGCCAAGCCUGAAAAAAGAUGAUGUGUUCAUCUAUUAUGUGAGCAGAACUUCUAACACAGAUGGGAUUGACUCUUUGUUGGACAAAGUGGACGAAGUGUCAUCUGAACCUAUACCAGAGUCAUGGAGGUCUGAAGUCACUUUUUCCACUCCUGCCUUAUACAUUUAUACUUCUGGAACCACAGGUGCUACUCUUGCCUUGCGGGCCAAAUUUUCAGCCAGCCAGUUUUGGGAUGACUGCAGAAAAUACAAUGUCACUGUCAUUCAGUAUAUCGGUGAACUGCUUCGGUAUUUAUGCAACACACCCCAGAAACCGAGUGAUCGUGAUCAUAAAGUGAGAGCUGCAAUGGGAAAUGGCUUACGAGCAGAUGUAUGGAGAGAAUUCAUCAAGAGAUUUGGAGACAUUCACAUUUAUGAGUUCUAUGCCUCCACUGAAGGCAAUAUUGGAUUUCUGAAUUACACAAGAAAAAUUGGUGCUGUCGGAAGAGUAAACUACCUACAGAAAAAAGUCAUAACUUAUGAGCUGAUAAAAUAUGAUGUGGAGAAAGAUGAACCUGUUCGAGAUGGAAAUGGAUAUUGCAUCAGAGUUCCCAAAGGUGAAGUCGGACUCCUGAUUUGCAGAAUCACACAACUUACGCCAUUUACUGGCUAUGCUGGAGGAAAGACUCAUACAGAGAAGAAAAAACUGAGAGAUGUCUUUAAGAAAGGAGACCUCUAUUUCAACAGUGGAGAUCUCUUAGUGAUUGACCAUGAAAACUUCAUCUACUUCCACGACAGAGUUGGAGAUACAUUCCGAUGGAAAGGGGAAAAUGUGGCCACCACUGAAGUUGCUGACACAGUAGGACUGGUUGAUUUUAUCCAGGAAGUGAAUGUUUAUGGAGUACCCAUACCAGGUCAUGAGGGUCGAAUUGGCAUGGCCUCGAUCAAGAUGAAAGAAAACCAUGAAUUUGAUGGAAAGAAACUCUUUCAGCACAUUGCUGAUUACCUGCCUACGUAUGCAAGGCCCCGGUUUCUAAGAAUACAGGACACCAUUGAGAUCACUGGAACUUUUAAACACCGCAAAGUGACCCUCGCGGAGGAGGGCUUUAACCCUGCAGUCAUCAAAGAUGCCUUGUAUUUCUUGGAUGACACAGCAAAAAUGUAUGUGCCUAUGACUGAGGACAUUUAUAAAGCCAUAAGUGACAAAACCCUGAAACUCUGAAUAUUCCCAGAAGGAUAAUUCAUAAUAUUUCCACAAAUUAACUGAAUGGACCUAGCACAGCCACCUGCUGUAAUCCAACUUUAAUUUGAUUGAAGAUUGUGAAGUGCAGUUGUGUUUUUUUAGGAAAUUAUGCAUACCAAUAAGAAGAAACUUUUUUUAAAUUACACCUGAACCUUUGCAAGUGAAAAGAUUUAGAGAUAAUUAUUUUUCAAUGUGUACCUAAUGUUUGUAUUUACAAACUGAGCUUGUUGGAAGGAGGGCAUUAUUUUUUUUAAUAUAUAAUAAAAUAGAUGAUCACCAACA